ACGCAGGCGCACUACACAGAACGUCAUGGCUGACACAGGCUGGCCAGGCUGUGCGAAGAGUUUGAAAGGUGUUAUUUUGGACUUGUGCGGAGUUUUGUAUGACAGCGGGGAGGGAGACGGAGUUGCUAUCCCAGGCUCCAUAGAGGCUGUGAAAAGGCUCAAAGAAUCAGACCUGCAGCUGCGUUUCUGCACCAAUGAGACCCAGGCAACCAGAGAGAAGUUCGUAGCCAAACUGCAAAGACUGGGCUUUGACAUUUCUGUAUCUGAGGUCUUCCCUCCUGCCCCUGCAGCCAUUACUGUUCUCAAGGAGCGGAGUUUGAGGCCCCACCUGCUGGUGCAUGACGGACUUCUCCCUGAGUUUGAUGCUGUAGAUAAGACCAACCCAAAUUGUGUGAUCAUUGGAGAUGCAGCUGAAAACUUCUCGUACCAGAACCUAAAUGAGGCAUUUAGGGUUUUGAUAGGAUUGGAAAAGCCAGUGUUAUUCUCCCUUGGCCAGGGAAGAUACUACAAGGAGACAGAUGGGUUAAAACUAGAUGUUGGUGUUUACAUGAAGGCUCUUGAGUAUGCUUGUGAUUUAAAAGCAGAAGUAAUUGGGAAGCCAUCACCAACGUUCUUCCAGAGUGUUCUCAGUGACAUGGGACUGAAACCACAUGAGGCUCUAAUGAUUGGAGAUGACCUUGUAAACGAUGUAGGAGGGGCCCAGUACUGUGGCAUGAAAGGUGUGCAAGUCAGGACAGGCAAAUACAGGCCAAGUGACGAGAGGCACCCAACUGUAAUCGCUGAUGCAACUGUGGACAACCUGGCCCACGCUGUGGAUGUGAUCCUCGGUCAGAGAGGGUGCGGCCCUUGAGAACCCUCCACUUGCUGUGGCCCAGGGCCGUCCUGGCCCACUGUCACACUGCAGUGCUAACUUAUGGCUCAUAAAAGAGUCGUUUCAUAUGAGGAGGUCCCUCAGUGUUGAGGUAGUUGAAGAAAAAUGUGAAAAGAAUUACCAGAACUAUUCCCAUGUUGUCUAGCCACUAUAAACUGUGCUGUUAAACAUGGGAGCGGAUCAGCCAUCUGCUUGGCCUACAUAGUGUUAACCUAACUCCUGUGAAACUUAUCCUAGAUGGUUGUAAAUGCUCUCGAACUGCGCUGUUCAUUUGUCAGUUCGUGAUUGGCAUAGAUGGGAUACCUCAAGCUUGACGCAAAUGAGCAUGUAACCAGCUGCUGAUCGACGGUUAGAUGUGGAAAGUCGAGGCAUCCAGAGUGGUUGGAAACAUGAACAGAAGUGCAGCUGAGAAUGGCUGUGAUCAAGUCGUUGCAUGUGUCAUAACACAAAUGAUCGCUCUGCAUAAGAAAUAGAUAUUACAUAUUUAGUUGGAAAAUAAAGAUAUUUGAUCCUCUUAAAGUCUUCAGAGUAAUUGUCUUGGAAACCCUAAAGGUUUCAAAGCACCUGGGAAAAGUUUGGCUUUUGUUCCUUUAGUCUUUGAACCUUAAUUCAUAGCAGAGAAGCCUUUUGUUUGCACAGUAGUAAAACUCUAGAAAUGGGAAGUGAGUUAAACUGAUGAUGAACAGUAAAUGUCACAUUUAUAAUCACAAAGCACAAUGUAUUGUGUCAUAAAAUUUCUUCAAAGGGCAGACAGAGUAAGUUUUGAAGCUGUGCAUAAAUUAUAUGCAUUGAGAACGAUUUCAAAAAUGGUAAUAUUAGCCGACCCCUGUAAUAGAUCAACAAAAAUGUUUACAAAUAAUUUUUUGGUAAACUAACAUUUAUUUUUCUUCCAAUCUCCCUUUUCACCUCAAAAUGAAUCUAGGGCUUACCAAUUUCUUUCAAAGUCACUUUUUAGUGAUUAUUCUCAGUAAAAAUUCAGCAGCCCUUUGAAGACCUCAGAGGUUUGAACCAUAAGUGAAUAAACGGCGUCAUGAUGACCAAAGAACACAACAGGCAGGUCAGAGGUCACAUGAUUGAGUUGUUUCAAGUAGGAUUCAAUUACGAAACAAUAUCCCACAAUUUGAUCAUCACAAAAACCAAAUGCUAGUGCUAACUUUAUGUGUCGAAUCCCAUAAAAUUAGCAUUGCACAACUACAAACUUAACAAGCUCAGGCCAUCAAGCUAAACAGUGAGCCCAUGCAAGAAGAGCACUAAUUGUAAGCAGCCAAGAAAUCAAAUAAGUUUUAGAGACUGAUGACAGCACAACUAUUAGUUUUGUAAAACACAAAUGUAUUUUUAGGGAAGUUAAAUUGUUGAAAGAAAGCCAAAAGAAUUCCCCGCUGCAUUUUGCCACAAGCCUUUUUAGAUGACAAGAGUUGAUGGGAAGAUGGGUUCAGAAAAAAAUCCUGGAGCAAAACGUGUGAGGCUGCAGAAGAGAGAGGGACUGGGGCAGGUGUUCACCUUCAAGCAGGACAACAAACUUAAAAGACAGCUACUGGUUUAGAGAAUCACCUUAAAACUACAUUCCUUUCUUCCCCACUUCACGAUCACGUGCUGAAUCGAAGAAAAUGAAGCAGACACGCCAUGAGCGAAGAGAGAAGAAUCCCAAAUCUCUGCUCAUAUUUAUUGUUUUGACUUGAAUUCCUCCCCUGCCGGCCUCUGAUAGUUACGUCACAUGUUGCCUGCACUGCGCUGUACAGCGAGGGCUGAUAAAAUGAUGAGUGUGUGAAAUCUGUGCGUGCCAGCUGGAUCACAGAGGCCUUCUUGAAGUGGGGCAUAAAACAAAUGAUUCUCAAUUGCCUGCCCCCGAGGUCCCAGUGUACAUUCUGCGAGAACAGAAAUCCGCUGCCAAGUGAUUCAUUGAGGUCUGACUGGUUCAUUUCACCAUUAGCUGACACACAUGCUUGAAUGUUAUUGGACAAUUAGAGGUAAUAAAAAUGCUGCAAAGUGUUAUGAAACCGUGUCUGAGCUGGCUGUGUCGCCGCUCCUUCAGAUUGCUUAUUAAAUAUUAAUGCACCCGGCAAAGUACUAGCAGCUGGUACUGCUGGUGCUCUGUUUUCUAACAGCUCUGUUUGAAUGAGUGUUUUGUCUGUGAUACUUCCCUGCCUGUUGGCCUUGUAUGUGAAGCAAUUAAACAUUCGUUUCAUUGGUUUUA